AUGAGCCAAACAACACAAAAACAAAUCUUGGCCAAAUUUCAGAGCAUUACGAAGGGUGUACAAUCCAUAGUAUUCACACAGCAAACUGCAACUAUUGGCCGUGGCCAAUUCAACAUCACUUCUAAUUUGGUGAGCUCUUCGCAUUUAGUUGUCAAUGUAAAACAGACUGGAAAGGACGUUGUGUGUGUUGUUGUCGACAAGUCACAGAACGGGACUUGGGUAAACAACCAACGGAUUGCUAAUAACGAGGAGACUGUCCUGGCAAUGUACGACUUGGUCACAUUGUUGAACCCAACAACCGCUUUAGCUGUUUCUUUUUUGUAUUUGGACAUGACGGAAGUUGAGAAUAAUGAACAGUGCAAACAGUUUCUCGAUAAAUACCAAAUAAUGAAAUACAUUGGCUCUGGCGGGUUUGGAAGAGUCUUUCAUGGAAGAAACAAAAAGACAAAGGUUGAGUGUGCUAUCAAAAUUAUAAAAUGCAAACGCAAAAAGUUGUUGAACGAAGGCGAAAUCACAUUAGGCCUGGACAAUCCCAAUAUCAUUAAAACGUACGACGUGUUUGCAUAUGAUGAUUACAUAAUCAUGAUUAUGGAGUAUGCUCGAGGAGGAUCUCUUGGUGACAUAAUUAAAGCGAAACCAGUAUUGGACAUCGACAUUGUAAAAAAAAUUAUAGUACAAGUCUUAAAUGCAUUACUUUACUUACACCAACACAAAACAGUUCACCGUGACAUCAAACCAGAUAACGUGUUAUAUACAGCAGAAAAAACAUAUAUGAAAUUGACUGAUUUUGGGAUGGCAAAGUAUAUUUCUAAAGAUCAGUACGCUACUACGUUAUGUGGUACCCCAGGGUACAUUGCGCCUGAAAUUGUCGAGAGAAUGGAGAACACAAGUUACUACAAAAAUGAGGUGAUGGAAAUUAAUAAAUUAAAAGACCAAAAAGAGAAGGUAAAACGCGCAAUGGAGCUCAAACAAAAGUUGAAGUACAACGCAUUUAAAAGUGAUGUUUGGAGUUGUGGAGUAAUGGCUUACAGGAUUGCAGUUGGGAAAGGGCCAUUUGAUAAAGACGGCAAACCUGAUAUGAAGGCUUUGAUCAAUGGAAUGAUUGACAAAAAUGUCGAAUACAACGCACUUCCCGAGGAGUUCAGGGACUUGAUUGAAAAUAUGAUUGUUGUCGACCCUUUGAAACGGUUUUCAGUCGAAGAAUGCCUUGGCCAUGAGUUCUUUGGUCUUAAGCAUCAAAGGGCAGAGGAGCAAUAA